GCUGCAGCUGGAACGCCGCGGACAGCGGGGACCCGGCUGUCCCCUCCAAGGAAGGUCAGGCCGCCGGGACGGGGCUGUCCCUGCGCGGCUGGUCUCCCCGGCUCACCUGGGCGCCGCCCCGUCCGUCGGGCCCGCCCCUCCCACAUUCCAGCGCGGCCGCCGCGAUGCAGGACGCGGGCGCCGAGGCUCCGGCGGGCGCGCGGGCCGUCAAGGUGGUCCUGGUGGGCGACGGCGGCUGCGGGAAGACGUCGCUGCUCAUGGUCUUCGCGGCCGGGGCCUUCCCCGAGAGCUACACCCCCACCGUGUUCGAGCGGCUCAGUGUGAACCUACAGGUGAAGGGGAAGCCCGUGAACCUCCAGAUCUGGGACACAGCAGGGCAAGUGGACUACGACCGUCUGCGGCCACUCUUCUACCCUGAUGCCUGUGUCCUCAUCCUGUGCUUCGACGUCACCAGCCCCUGCAGCUUCCACAACAUCUCCAGCCGGUGGUACCCAGAGGUGAAUCACUUCUGCAACAAGGUGCCCAUCAUCCUGGUGGGCUGCAAGACGGACCUGCGCAAGGACAAGAUCCUGGUGAAGAAACUUCGGAAAAACCGCUUGGAGCCCGUGACGUACCACAGGGGCCAGGAGAUGGCGCGGUCGGUGGGGGCCGUGGCCUACCUGGAGUGUUCGGCUCUGCUCCAGGAGAACGUCCAGGCUGUCUUCCAGGAGGCCGCCAAGGUGGCCCUGAGCAGUCGCAGUCGCAACAUCUGGCGGCGGAUGACCCAGAUCUUCUGUGCCAUGUCCUGACAGCUGGUCAGGCAGGAGCUGGGCACUCACCCUCUGUCUGGACGACUGGGCUGGACCCAGCCCCCCAGACAGCACCGAAAGCAGACGGGCGCCUUCAAGGACAGGCCCCUAGCCCCAGGGCGGGGGUCCCUGGACAGCAGUGAGACCCCACUGAGUCCCCAGGAUUGGGGUCCUUCGGGCUCACGCCCCAGGCAGGGGUGGACCUGGAGUCCCCUGGAAUCGCUCCGGGUCGGGACCGCGCACCCCGACUUGCCUGGCGCCGCCUUGUGUCUAUCCUCGGAACUGCACCCCUCGGG